AUGAGCGGACCGCCGCCUGGGUUCUUCCCGCCCGAGGUGGGUGCGACGAGCAUCCCAGUUUACCAAGAACCGGUCGCGAUGUCGCAGGAGCAGCUCGCGCAGAAGGAGCGCAAGUGGCGGGCACUGCAGGCGAAGCGUUUCGGCGACAAGCGCAAGACGGGCAUCAUCGACACGGGCAAGCAGCCUUUGCCGGCGGAGCACCUGCGCAAGAUCAUCAGGGAUCACGGAGACAUGUCGAACCGCAAGUUCAGGCAGGACAAGCGUGUGCAUCUCGGCGCCUUGAAGUACGUUCCUCACGCCGUGCUCAAGCUUCUUGAGAACAUGCCGAUGCCGUGGGAGCAGGUCCGCGAGGUCCCUGUUCUGUACCACAUCACCGGCGCCAUCACCUUCGUCAACGAGGUCCCCAAGGUCAUCCCGCCCGUCUACCACGCUCAGUGGGCGACGAUGUGGCUCGCGAUGCGUCGCGAGAAGCGUGACCGUCGGCACUUCAAGCGCAUGCGGUUCCCGCCUUUCGACGACGAAGAGCCUCCUCUCGACUACGGCGACAACGUUCUCGACACGGAGCCGCUCGAGGCUAUCCAGCUUGAGCUUGACGAGGAGGAGGACGCCCCGAUCGCGGAGUGGUUCUACGACGGCCGGCCCUUGAUCGACUCGCCGCACGUCAACGGUUCGUCGUACAAGCUGUGGACGCUCGACCUCCCGCAGAUGGCCAACCUGUACCGCUUCGGUCGCACUCUUCUCUCCGACUUCAACGACCGCAACUACUUCUACCUCUUCGAGCCGAAGUCGUUCUUCACGGCCAAGGCGCUCAACGUUGCGAUUCCGGGAGGCCCUCGAUUCGAACCGCUCUUCCGCGAGUCCGACAACUUUGACGACGACUGGAACGAGUUUAACGACAUCAACAAGGUCAUCAUCCGCCAGCAGAUCCGCACCGAGUACAAGAUCGCCUUCCCGCACCUGUACAACUCGCGGCCCCGUUCCGUCCACAUUCCCGUCUACCACGAGCCGCACAACCUCUACAUCCGCACCGAAGACCCCGACCUCCCCGCCUUCUACUUCGACCCGAUCAUCCACCCCAUCUCGUCUCGCGGCGUCGCGCCGAAGAACGAACUCGUCCCGCACGAGGUCGAGGUGUUUGGCGGCGACUCGAACGGCGAGGACGACGAGUUUGAGCUGCCGGAGGAGUGCGAGCCGUUCCUUGCGGAUGCCGAGCUCGAGACGGACCGCACCGCCGACGCGAUCGCGCUGUGGUGGGCGCCGUACCCGUACAACCAGCGCUCCGGGCGCACCGUUCGUGCGCAGGACAUCCCCCUGGUCAAGAACUGGUACCUCGAGCACUGCCCGCCUGGCCAGCCGGUCAAGGUCCGCGUCUCGUACCAGAAGCUCCUCAAGUGCUACGUCCUCAACCAGCUGCACCACCGCCACCCGAAGCCGCAGAUCAAGAAAAGUUUGUUCAAGCAGCUCAAGGGCACCAAGUUCUUCCAGACGACGACGAUCGACUGGGUCGAGGCCGGUCUCCAGGUGUGCAGGCAGGGCUACAACAUGCUCAACCUGCUCAUCCACCGCAAGAACCUCAACUACCUGCACCUCGACUUCAACAUGAACUUGAAGCCGGUCAAGACGCUCACGACCAAGGAGCGCAAGAAGUCGCGCUUCGGAAACGCCUUCCACCUGUGUCGCGAGAUCCUCCGCCUCACCAAGCUCAUCGUCGAUUCGCACGUCCAGUACCGCCUCGGCAAUGUCGAUGCCUUCCAACUCGCCGACGGUCUCCAGUUCACCUUCGCCCACGUCGGUCAGCUCACCGGCAUGUACCGCUACAAGUACAAGCUCAUGAGGCAGAUCCGUAUGUGCAAGGACUUGAAGCACGUCAUCUACACGCGCUUCAACACGGGCCCGGUCGGCAAGGGUCCUGGUGUCGGUUUCUGGGCGCCCGGCUGGCGUGUCUGGCUCUUCUUCCUCCGCGGUAUCGUCCCGCUCCUCGAGCGCUGGCUCGGCAACCUUCUCGCCCGUCAGUUCGAGGGUCGCAACUCGAAGGGCGUCGCCAAGACCGUCACCAAGCAGCGUGUCGACUCGCACUUCGACCUCGAGCUCCGCGCCGCCGUCAUGCACGACAUCCUCGACAUGAUGCCCGAGGGUAUCAAGCAGAACAAGGCCAAGACCAUCUUGCAGCACUUGUCUGAGGCGUGGCGCUGCUGGAAGGCCAACAUCCCCUGGAAGGUCCCGGGCAUGCCGACGGCGAUCGAGAACAUCAUCCUCCGCUUCGUCAAGGCCAAGGCCGACUGGUGGACGUCCGUCGCGCACUACAACCGCGAGCGUAUCCGCCGUGGCGCCACUGUCGACAAGACUGUCGCCAAGAAGAACCUCGGUCGUCUCACUCGCUUGUACCUCAAGGCUGAGCAGGAGCGCCAGAACGCCUACCUCAAGGACGGCCCGUACGUCUCGUCCGAGGAGGCCGUCGCGAUUUACUCGGCCACGGUCCACUGGCUCGAGUCGCGCAAGUUCGCGCCGAUCCCCUUCCCUCCGCUGUCGUACAAGCACGACACGAAGCUGCUCGUCCUCGCGCUCGAGAAGCUCAAGGAGGCCUACAGCGUCAAGGGCCGCCUGAACCAGUCGCAGCGCGAGGAGCUCGCGCUCAUCGAGCAGGCAUACGACAACCCGCACGAGACGCUCUCGCGCAUCAAGCGUCUCCUCCUGACGCAGCGCGCGUUCAAGGAGGCCGGCAUCGAGUUCUUCGACACGUACGACAAACUCAUCCCGUGCUACGACAUCGAGCCGAUCGAGAAGAUCACGGACGCGUACCUCGACCAGUUCCUCUACUUCGAGGCGGACAAGCGCGGCCUCUUCCCGUCGUGGAUCAAACCCGCCGAUACCGAGCCGCCUCCCCUCCUCGUCUACAAGUGGUGCCAGGGCAUCAACAACCUCCACGAGGUCUGGGAGACGAGCGAGGGCGAGUGCAACGUCAUGAUGGAGACGCAGCUCUCGAAAGUGUACGAGAAGAUCGACCUCACCCUGCUCAACCGUCUCCUGCGCCUCAUCAUGGACCACAACUUGGCGGACUACUGCACGGCCAAGAACAACAUCGUCAUCACGUACAAGGACAUGUCGCACGUCAACGCCUACGGUUUGAUCCGCGGUCUCCAGUUCUCGGGCUUCAUCUUCCAGUACUACGGCCUCAUCCUCGACUUGCUCAUCCUCGGCCUCCAGCGCGCGAGCGAGAUGGCCGGCCCGCCGCAGAUGCCGAACAAUUUCCUGCAGUACCGCGACACCGAGACCGAGACUCGCCACCCGAUCCGCCUCUACUCGCGAUACAUCGACCGCAUCCACAUCAUGUUCCGCUUCACGGCCGACGAGUCGCGCGACCUCAUCCAGCGGUACCUCAGCGCGAACCCGGACCCGAACAACGAGAACCUGAUCGGCUACAACAACAAGAAGUGCUGGCCGCGCGACUGCCGCAUGCGCCUCAUCAAGCACGACGUCAAUCUCGGACGCGCCGUCUUCUGGGACAUCAAGAACCGCCUGCCGCGCUCCCUCACCACCAUCGACUGGGACGACACUUUCGUCUCGGUCUAUUCGAAGGACAACCCCCAGCUCCUCUUCUCGAUGUCCGGCUUCGAGGUUCGCAUCUUGCCCAAGAUUCGCAACGUCAACGAGGUCUUUACCCUCAAGGACGGCGUCUGGAACCUCGUACACGGCGGGACGAAGGAGCGGACGGCGCAGGCGUUCCUGCGCGUCAGCAACCCCGGCAUCGAAGCCUUCAACAACCGCAUUCGCGCCAUCCUCAUGUCGUCGGGAUCUUCGCCUUUCUCGAAGGUCAUCAACAAGUGGAACACGGCGAUCAUCGGUCUCAUGACCUACUACCGCGAAGCCGUCAUCCACACCAACGAGUUGCUCGACGUGCUCGUCAAGGCGGAGAACAAGGUGCAGACGCGCGUCAAGAUCGGCCUCAACUCGAAGAUGCCUUCUCGAUUCCCGCCGGCUGUGUUCUACACGCCUAAGGAGCUCGGCGGUCUCGGCAUGCUCUCGAUGGGCCACAUCCUCAUCCCCGCCUCCGACUUGCGCUGGAGCAAGCAGACCGACACCGGCAUCACGCACUUCCGCGCCGGCAUGGGCGGCGGCAAUUCGGAGGUCCUCAUCCCGAACUUGUUCCGCUACAUCCAGCCGUGGGAGGCCGAAUUCCUCGACUCGGCGCGCGUUUGGUCCGAGUAUGCGAUGAAGCGCAAGGAGGCGAACGCACAGAACCGCCGCCUCACGCUCGAGGAUCUCGAGGAUUCGUGGGACCGCGGAAUCCCCCGCAUCAACACGCUCUUCCAGAAGGACCGGCACACGCUCGCAUACGACAAGGGAUGGCGCAACCGUAUCGAGUGGAAGCAGUACCAGCUCCUCAAGGCGAAUCCGUUCUGGUGGACGUCGCAGCGCCACGAUGGCAAGCUCUGGCAACUUAACAACUACCGCGUCGACGUCAUCGCGGCGUUGGGAGGCGUCGAAGGCAUCCUCGAGCACACUCUAUUUAAAGCAACUGCUUUCCCGACUUGGGAGGGUCUCUUCUGGGAAAAGUCUUCGGGCUUUGAGGAAUCGAUGAAGUUCAAGAAGCUCACGAACGCCCAGCGCUCCGGUCUUUCGCAAGUGCCGAACCGUCGCUUCACUCUCUGGUGGUCGCCCACCAUCAACCGCGCCAACGUCUACGUCGGUUUCCAGGUCCAGCUCGACUUGACUGGCGUCUUCAUGCACGGCAAGAUUCCGACGCUCAAGAUCUCGCUCAUCCAGAUCUUCCGCGCCCACUUGUGGCAGAAGAUUCACGAGUCGGUCGUGAUGGACUUGUGCCAGGUCUUCGACCAGGAGCUCGAGGCGCUGCAGAUCGAGACGGUCCAGAAGGAGACGAUCCACCCGCGCAAGUCGUACAAGAUGAACUCGUCCUGCGCCGACAUCCUCCUCUUCUCGUCGUACAAGUGGAACGUCACGCGCCCGUCGCUGCUCACCGACUCGAAGGACGUCAUGGACGGCACGACGAGCGCCAAGUACUGGGUUGACGUCCAGCUCCGGUGGGGCGACUUUGACUCGCACGACAUUGAGCGGUACACACGCGCCAAAUUCCUCGACUACACGUCGGACAACAUGUCGAUCUACCCGUCGCCGACCGGCGUGCUCAUCGGCAUCGACCUUGCGUACAACCUGCACUCGGCGUACGGCAACUGGAUCCCCGGCAUGAAGCCGCUCGUCCAGCAGGCGAUGGGCAAGGUCAUGAAGGCGAACCCGGCGCUCUACGUCCUCCGCGAGCGCAUCCGCAAGUCGCUCCAGCUGUACUCGUCCGAGCCGACCGAGCCGUACCUCAACUCGCAGAACUACUCGGAGCUCUUCAGCAACCAGAUCAUCUGGUUCGUCGACGACACCCAGGUGUACCGCGUCACGAUUCACAAGACGUUCGAGGGAAAUCUGACGACCAAGCCGAUCAACGGCGCCAUCUUCAUCUUCAACCCGCGGACGGGCCAGGCGUUCAUCAAGAUCAUCCACACGUCCGUCUGGGCCGGCCAGAAGCGUCUCGGCCAGCUCGCCAAGUGGAAGACUGCCGAGGAAGUCGCCGCGCUCGUCCGCUCGCUCCCCGUCGAGGAGCAGCCGAAGCAGGUCAUCGUCACGCGCAAGGGCAUGCUCGACCCGCUCGAGGUCCACUUGCUCGACUUCCCCAACAUCGUCAUCAAGGGUUCCGAGCUCCAGCUGCCGUUCCAGGCCUGCAUGAAGCUCGAAAAGUUCGGCGACCUCAUCUUGCGCGCGACUCAGCCGCAGAUGGUCCUCUCGAACAUGUACGACGACUGGCUCAAGUCGAUCUCGUCGUACACCGCCUUCUCCCGUCUCAUCCUCCUCCUCCGCGCCAUUCACGUCAACAACGAAAAGGCCAAGAUCAUCCUCCGGCCGAACAAGAACACCGUCACCGAGCCUCACCACGUCUGGCCGACGCUCGCCGACGAGGACUGGAUGCGUGUCGAGAUUGCGCUCCGCGACCUCAUCCUCGCAGACUACGGCAAGCGCAACUCGGUCAACACGGCAUCCCUUACCUCCUCCGAGGUCAGGGACAUCAUCCUGGGAAUGGAGAUCCAGGCGCCGUCGGUCCAGCGGCAGCAAAUGGCGGAGAUCGAGAAAUCGACCGAGGCGGCGGCGCAGGUCACGGCCGUGCAGACCCGGACGACGAACGUGCAGGGCGACGAGAUCCAGGUUGUCACGACGACGGCGUACGAGCAGCAGGUCUUCAGCUCGAAGACGGACUGGCGCAUCCGUGCCAUCUCGGCGACCAACAUCCCGCUCCGUCUCCAGCACGUCUACGUCACGAACGACGACGUCAAGGAGGAGUUGCCGACUUUCGUCCUCGCCAAGAACAUCAUGAAGAGCUUCGUCACGUCGGCCGACUUGCGUGCGCCUGUCGCGGCGUACCUCUUCGGCCAGGUUGCGCCCGACAACGCCCGCGUCGUCGAGGUCAAGGCGGUCGCCGUCGUCCCGCAGCGGUCGAGCCAGCGCUCGAUCGAGCUCGUCAACGACCUUCCGUCGCACUCGCUUCUCGCCGACCUCAAGGUCGUUGGUAUCAUCGCAACGCAGGCGCAGGAGACGCAGUCGCUCACGCCGGCCGACGCAUGCUUGUUCGCCAAGCUCAUGGCGCAGCACCCGGAGAUCGACGGGUCGUCCAUCUUCCUCACCGUCGCCUUCACGCCCGGAUCGCUCUCGCUCGCAGCGUACGCGCUCACGCCCAAGGGGUUCGAGUGGGGACGCAACGCCGACCCGAACUCGCCGGCGGGCUACAAUCCGGCGUCGAUGGUCGACCGCGCGCAGCUCCUCCUCUCGGACCGCAUCCUCGGCUCGACGUUCGCACCCGUCGGCGGCGUCUGGUCGUACUCGACCGGUCUCGGCGCGGCGUUCUCUCCGACGAUGCCGUACUCGGUGACGCUGGUUGGUCAGCCCAUGCCCUACUGGGCGCCCGAACACCGGCCCGCGCACUUCUCGCAGUUCGUGGCCGGAGCUGAUACGGACGAGGGCGUGGACGCUGAGGAUGCGUUCGCCUAA